AUGCGAAAUCAGAAGAGGAAGCCUGAUGUAUUUGAUGAGGAUUAUUCUGUUGGUCAUCAGGAGGGAGAUGAUUUGCCUGAAGAGAUAGAAAGUGGAGGGCAACUCCAGUCUGGUGUACCAAGGCCCCCAACUAUAGACUCCUCAAUAAGGAACCUUGUACCAAGUUCUGGGACAUCUUCCAAAAGGAAUAAAGUUAAUGUUAAUACACAAAUGGCAGUAAAGGGUCCGAUAGAUUCUUAUCUUAGACGGACUCCUGAAGAAAUAGUUGGUGAGAGGAGGUCUAAAGGUUCUACCCAGACAACAAUACAAAGCAGCUUAAGAUCAAAUGCAGACAGAAAGAAAACUAAUGCAUAUGUUGCAAAAUGGUUUUAUGAAGCUUGCAUCCCAUUCAAUACUGUCAAGUUAAGGAGCUUUGAGGAGAUGGUUGAAGCCAUUGCACAGUUUGGGUCAGGAUAUAAGCCCCCUUCUUACCAUGAGUUGAGAGUGCCCUUGCUACAGGAUGAAAAAGCUCAGAUUGACUGUAUCAAGCAGAAAUAUGAAGAUUAUUGGAAAAGGCACGGGUGCACUCUUAUAUCUGAUGGGUGGACUGACAAGAGAGGUAGACACUUGAUUAAUUUCCUUGUCAAUUGUCCAUUGGGGACUUAUUUUAUGGGCUCUGUAGAUGUAUCUAGUGAGUCUCAAUAUGCAGCCAUGUUAUUUCAGCUGCUUGAUAGUAAAAUUGAAGAAAUUGGGGAGGAUAAUGUGGUACAAGUAGUUACAGACAAUGCAGCUAAUUAUGUUGCAGCUGGUAGAAUGAAAAAGACAAAUGGAAUAGAUCUGGUGAGGUCUGGAGUUACAAGAUUUGCUACCUCAUUCUUGACACUACAAAGUUUGUACAAGAACAAGGAUGCCUUGAAGCAAUUAUUUGUAUCUGAUGAUUGGAAUAGUUCUAAGUUGUCCAAGACAGAGGCAGGUAAGAAAGUACUUGAGACAAUACUUGCACAAACAUUCUGGAACAGUGUACUAGAUUGCUUAAGAGCAUCCCAACCAAUUUUAGUUGUCUUGAGGAUAAAAGUAAAUUUUACCAACAAAGAACGGUCAUGGAAGAAGGUGUUAGCAAUUAUUGAUGAUCGUUGGGAGGUCCAAAUGGAUCGACCUUUAUAUGCUGCUGCCUUUUACCUAAAUGCUAGCAAAUAUUUUGACUACAUCAAUGAUGCCCCUUUUGAAGAAUCAUGUAAAAUACAAGAUGCAUUCAUGUCAGUUAUUGAAAGAAUGGUGCCCGACUUAACUGUGCAAGACAAGAUCAUACGUGAGUCUCAAUUGUACAGAAAAUGUGAAGGUAGCUUUUCAAGGAGUUUGGCUUUUAAACAACGGAUAGUCGGUGAAGGAGCAUUGGAUCCUAUCUCUUGGUGGCAAACACAUGGAUCUUCGGCCCCUACGCUUCAACAAUAUGCAAUACGCAUAUUAGGCCUUUGUUGCUCCGCUUCCGGUUGUGAGCGCAAUUGGAGCACAUUUGAUUUUAUUCACACCAAGAAGAGGAAUAGACUAGAACAUCAGCGCUUGAAUGAUCUAGUCUAUAUCCAAUACAAUCGUCGGCUUCAUUCAAGGUUCCAAGAAAGAAGGGAAAAAUGCAGCAAUUGGGGUUAA